AUGUGUUGGAAGGGGUCAUCUUUAAUGUGCGUAAAGUGUGUAUUGUUGUGUUUGAAUGUCAUAUUUAUACUGAUUGGGCUUUCGUCUAUCGUGAUAGCUUGUUGGGCCCUAUUUUGGCCCCAAAUAUUUCUGGAUAUUAUGGGACCUCAUUUGUUAAGAAUAUCAGCAUAUUCAACUAUAUCCAUUGGAGGAGUCAUUUUGCUACUCUCAAUUUUAGGAUGCGCAGGGGCUGCACUUGAAAAUCGCUGCAUUUUGGUUACGUUCUUCACACUACUUUGUGGCUUGUUCAUGGCUUGUUUGGUUAUUGGAACCCUAGCAACUGUAUUUAGAAGAGACUUAAUUAUACUUAUGGUUAAUCGGAUGAGUAUUGCCGUACAGCAAGAUUACGGAAAUUCAGACUUCUGGACGGAACUACUUGAUCUCCUUCAGUCAAGGUUGAAAUGUUGUGCUGUUGAAGAUAAUCAAGCAGAUUUAUAUCUUCGUUCUGUUUGGUAUUCACGUCAAAUACAUCAGUCUUCAGUAUUUGGAACAAAUUCAAUACGUUUAUUAUCUCAAGAAUAUGAUAAUAAUUUAGGAAUACCAAGUGUAGUAAAUGUUCCAGUGUCAUGUUGUGUAUAUUCAUUGGAAACUAAAGAAUUUUCUAAUCGUACCGCUUGUCAAAUUGGUUCUUUAAAAUCUAAUUUAAAUCCAUAUCUUAAUCCUCAUCCUCCCAAAUGACUGCAUCUUUUUAUGCCAUUUUCAACAGUCAUUAUCACUACUAUUGUGAUUACCAUUAUUAUGAUUACUUUAUUUACCAUUGUCUUUUAGCAGUUAUUUUUUCCACUCUAAAUUGCAAUAAUCAGACAACGUUUUUGUAGUCGAUUACGUCACGACCUCUCUUUCUCUCUUUCCCGUUUAUUCUAUUCAUCCAUCCAAUAAAUUUGUAACAAAACAAUAGUGAAUUAACUCACACAUUAAAUAAUAUUUGUAAAACAUUUUAUUUCUUCAUAGAAAUCAUUUCACAUGUGAAAAUCUUGAGUACGACAAAUGAAGUGAAU